UGAUGAAGGGGCGUGAUCAUGGCACAAACAAAAAAAAUAGGUCUGUAGCUGGCUGUUUCUUACAGUAGUCUAACAUCAUCCCUGUUGAGAUUACAAAUUUCUUAUCAUAACUCAUGAUAAUAUAUGUUGAUUCUGAAUGGGAAACUUUAUUUUGGCAAAAAUUAAUGAUAUUUUUAUGAGUAUAUAAUACUUUGCUUUAGAAUUCUCCUUCAUAAUCAACCUGUAACAUCAUGUCAACGCCCCUCUGCACACAGAGCAAUACGGAGCCAACUGUUUCCCGCCUCCUUUCCCUUGGUUAGCCUCUCAACAGUGAGCAAUCUGGGUGUUGCCUGCCGCUUGGUUUUAUAACCUUUGAAUGGCAGGCAACCAGGGCGUUGCCCAACAUCAGAGACAGAGGGAGGAAACAGGAUGUGCUGAGCAGAGGAGGAAGAGGCAAUGGAUCUCCAACACCGGCGGGUGAAACUGAACGAUGGCCACUACAUGCCGGUUCUGGGGUUUGGCACCUACGCACCUCCAGAGGUUGACAAGAGCAAGACUGUGGAGGCCACCAAAUGGGCCAUAGAAGCUGGGUUCCGCCAUAUUGAUUCUGCUCACCUGUAUGAAAAUGAAGAGCAGGUUGGGCUGGCCAUCCGCAGCAAGAUUGCAGACGGCUCUGUGAGGAGAGAAGACAUCUUCUACACGUCAAAGCUUUGGUCCACUUUCCAUCGACCGGAGUUGGUCCGACCAGCCUUGGAAAAGUCACUGAGAAAACUUCAGCUGGACUACGUUGACCUGUACAUCAUUCAUUCCCCAAUGUCUUUCCAGCCAGGUGAGGAGCUUUUCCCAAAAGAUGAAAAUGGAAAAGUGAUAUAUGACAUGGUGGAUCUCCGUGCCACGUGGGAGGCCCUGGAGAAGUGUAAAGACGCUGGAUUGGCCAAGUCCAUUGGGGUGUCCAACUUUAACCGCAGGCAGCUGGACAUGAUCCUGAACAAGCCCGGGCUCAAGUACAAGCCCGUCUGCAACCAGGUGGAAUGCCAUCCCUAUCUCAACCAGAGCAAGCUGCUGGAUUUCUGCAAGGCCCACGACAUCGUCCUGGUGGCCUACAGUGCUCUGGGGACCCAGCGAGAUAAACGAUGGGUGGACCUAAACUCCCCCGUCCUCCUGGAAGACCCAGUCCUAUGUGCCCUGGCCAAAAAGCACAAGCGGACCCCGGCCCUGGUCGCCCUGCGCUACCAGCUGCAGCGAGGGGUCGUGGUGCUGGCCAAGAGCUACAAUGAGCAUCGGAUCCGAGAAAACAUGCAGGUUUUCCAAUUCCAGUUGACUGCGGAUGACAUGAAAACCAUAGAUGGCCUGAACAGAAAUUGCCGCUAUUUCAUCUCUAACUUACUUUCUGACCACCCCAAUUACCCAUAUUCGGAUGAAUAUUAGCGUGGAGGUCCUCCCAUGCCUUCUGCGGCAGCCACUGUGGGGUCGUGAUGCAGAGACGUCUCUGAGGCUGGUCGUCAGACACAUGGCCUCUGGUGAAUUCCACGCUGCUGAGCAGCCUCCGUUAGCUGGCCCUAAGUCUGCAGAUCACAAAGGGAAGAAACUGGAUGCAUGUUUGCCAUUUUGAAAAACAUUAAAUGUUUUUCCCUAAAGA